AUGGAUAAAGAUAACGACAACAACAACAUCAACGGCAAAGGUGCGGAGAAUUCGUUCGCAAGAAGCGGUCUGGCGAGGUCGCCGACAGAACAGAACCAGCAGAUGCAACAACAGCAGCUGGAACAACAGGAGCGGGAACAAGAGCUGCACGAGCAGCAGAAGCUAGAGCAGGAGCUGUGUGACCAACAGCAGCGCGAACAAGAACAGAACGAGAAGCAGCAGCAACGGCAGCUGCGAAGUGCAUGGAAUGUGUUUCCAAAACAAUCAAAGGUGGAAGCUGCGAAAACUGUAGCGGACGAACUCCGUGAGUUCGUUGACAAAAGGCACAACGUGCACAAGGAUAUCAAGGACCUCGUUGCAAGGAUCCAAGGUAGCCUUGGGUCAGCCAUCAAAGACUGGAGAAGGCUGAUGCAGAGAGCGGAAGCUGCUGAAACCGAGUUGGCGGCGACUAAGAACGCCCUGGCAGCAGCGGUACUACAGCAGGCGAAAACCGGAACAGCCCCCGGUAGAGGUACCAAGACGAAAGGAAAGCCAUUGGGGAUGGAUAGCACACCUGCAUUCACCCCAAAGAGAACCAGAUCAUCACCUGGAGAUGAAAGGCUCGCAGCACCCAAAAAACAAAAGAAUGCGGAUGCAAGACCGACGAACGAAGUGAUUAGCGGCGGAAAGGGUGAUUCCCCCUGGCGCGAGGUCCGGAACAGGAAGGACAGAAACAAAAAGGAUAGCGCUAAAACGCAAAAACCUAUCAGGAGGAGGAAGAAAGGUGAAGCGGUCAUCGUAAAAACCAGCGAAGACACGUACGCCGACGUCUUGCGGGCCAUGAGAACGGAUCCGCAACUCAAGGAGUUUGGUGAUGACGUCCAGAAGAUCAGACGAACCCAGGCAGGAGUUGAAAAGAGACUCGAAAAACAGAAGCUCAGCGUAUAA